AUGAGAAUCGGUAGCCUGAUUGAUCUUCACUGCAUUUUUAACCGCACCCAAGGGAAUAAGAAAACUGCUGUCGUUGGUUCGACUAAGAAGUGUGUGUGGAGGUUGAUUAGCCUACUGUCAUGGGCCGAAAUCGUGGUGGAGCAGGAUGCCCCUUUUUCGACGCCAAAGCGCCCGAGUCGGGUGGUGAAGCCUAUGAGCAAGGUCCGAGACACCGCGCGACAAUUGGAAGACACUGCCAUAGAAGCGCGACGAAUCACUCGACAGACAGCGCGAAACGUACCGGCCGAAGAACAGAUCGACCGACCAACCGAAACCCGAAAGAGUAGCGGCAGCGGCAGCGGCAGCGGAAGCAGCGAUGGAAGGGCAAUGCUGCAGAAGGCGUUGGAUCUCCUGGCAGAGUCGCGUAGGGAGACCAAACGACUGCAGGAAGCGCUGAAGGAACAGACAGUGCACGAGAUGGGCAAGCAGAUGGUGGAGAUCAAGGAACAGAUGACUGAGGAAAUACAACGAGCCCCUCGAAACUAUCGCGACGAAUGCAAUAGACGGACCUCAACGAUCAUAUGCUGA